AUGUCUGAAAAAAGUGGCGACCACGGCACGGCACUUCAACUCAGAAGCCCAGACGAAAGCAAAAGCUGCAUCAGACUGGGCCUGGAGACGUAUGUCAAGAUUCUGCUCUUGUUAAUGCCUUCCCAGAAGUGCGACUGCUCAUCUACAAGAUUUUCGCCAACCCUCAGUACGAGGAUCGUCUCAACGGCGAUCGCAAAACCUUCUCCUGAUAUGUCGACAGAUUACGGCCGAAUGGGCUCCGCUGUUUUGUCGAUCGACGAACAUUCUCGCGAACCCGCCCAGACCUGGAAUUAUACCAAGAAGACGCUGGGGGCUGGGCGAACGCUACAGCCCGGAUCAGUUUCAUAG